CGCUGAUGAGCAAAGUACCAAGGUCCUGGCCCUUAACGUUACAGCGAGAGCGGUGUGUUUUUAUUUGAAUGAAAAUGGCUGAAGCCGUUAAAGUGGACGAGCCUGCUCUCUUCACUGCAGUAACGGUCAUCUCUCUGCUCGCCUGCGCAGCACAGUUCGCCGUCGGCUACAUAUUUGCGCAGAUUUGGGGCAGAAAGUGUUCUUCCACAGAUAGAUGGGUGCUUGUGUGGUUGUUUUACGACGCCAUCGUCCACAUCACCCUGGAAGGCCCGUUCGUGUAUAUGUCACUUGUUGGAACCGUUGCAGGCUCAGACAGCGUAUUCGCAGAGCUUUGGAAGGAAUACGGUAAGGCAGACCAGCGCUGGCUACACUCAGACCCAACCAUAGUAUCUCUGGAGCUGCUCACAGUUGUCUUGGAUGGGUUUCUAGCACUGCUUUUGGUCUACGCUAUUGUUAAAGACAAGCACUACAGGCACUUCGUCCAAAUCACCCUGUGUGUGUGUGAGCUGUAUGGAGGCUGGAUGACCUUCUGUCCAGACUGGCUGAUAGGAAGUCCUAACCUGAACACCAGUAACUGGCUGUACCUGUGGGUCUACUUGGUCUUCUUUAAUGGCGUUUGGGUGGUGGUGCCUGGCCUGCUGCUCUAUCAGUCGUGGAAGGAUCUACAGAGGUCUCACCAAAGUCAGAAGAAGCAGAAGUAGAUCCAGAACAGACCUUGGUGGAUUAAUUUUGCACAGUGAAAGGAAUAUUCCAGCAGCUUAAUGUCUUAACACAGACAAUCAUUUUGCAAGAAUACAAGUCUGUUGACUUGAAACUCAUUUAUAAUAGACACUAUUAGGGAGUUGCUGGAUUCCCUGAAUAAACGGAUGACUGAAAAAUGAAAUGUGUGACUAUUUAACAGUCUAACAAUACAGAUCUUAUGAAGAUGCAGAUAUGAGAGAAUAUCUUACCAAAACUGUUCUUUUUAACGUGUAUACAACUUUAGUACACUGGAGCGACACAGUGAAAAAAGCUUUUUCCCUAAGGUAUUCUGCUAUCCACGGUGAUCAGUCUGUAAAAAUUCCCUCUGCCACUAUGCUAGUUAUAAAUUACUAUAAAUUAUUCUCUCUGGUAAACCGCUACCAUCUCUGAAAGAAUGAAUUAUACAUAUUUAUAAUUUUAUUUAUAAAUACCUUUGACUGAAGAAUUAAUAAAAGUGUUGUACAAAAAUAUGUUUUGCAUAAUAUGUACUGAUGGAAUUCAGCACCUGCCCAUUGGCCUGUAUUAUAAGUGAGUUUUGAGGUUUUCAGCUCUUUGCCAAAUACAAUGAAAUGCAUUGAAAUGACUGUAUAUGGUAAUUGUAACAGUGGAAUAUUUCUUCAGAGGUGACAGGGAAACAGACACUGAGGACAAAACUGGGGCCAUGGUCUAUCUGGAAUAACAUUGAAACUUCAUAAUACAAACGCUGUUUAUCUUGCAUAAAAAUGGCUCUUACGUGGGGAUCUUGUAGCAGCUCAGCCUGCUUAAAUCAAAACUACUAAUUAUAGACCAGAGUAAAAAUAGUGACUUGCUAGAAACCAUCAUCACUCUGAACACAUUUACUGCUCAUUUCUAUUCAUUUCGUACUUGCUGUUCAUUUCUAUGUUGAAUCAAAAGUAUUAGUCAGCAAUGAGGGUGGGUGCGUCUGAGACACACCCCUAGUUGAAUGUGCCUGCGACACGCCCUCCACACAAAAGGUAUAAAUACAAUAAAGCGAAACUUACAGUCAUUCAAUUUUAUAAUCUCACUUCUCAUUAUUAAUACAUUUAGUUUGCACAACAGUAUUAUCCAGUUAUAAUACAGUUUAUAAUAAAUAAUCCAGUAGUCAGCAUAGUCAAGCCAUAAAACUCUUGGCUGUUCAAAGCAGUUUACAAAGUGAAUUUCUGUCCAUCAUUAGCUUAAUUAAAUAAAUCUUGCCCUGAAACCCA